AUGUGGUUCAACAAAUACCGCGACGUUUUCCUUGUGCCGGAUGAGCUCGAUUGUGGUUUCAUGAAUAUCUCACUUGUCGAAGAGCUCUUUCCGAGCGUACCCACGAUUGCGGUUGACGGCCACCACCGGCGCCAGAUGCAGGUGUGGCUGCCACCCAUGCUGCUGAUUCGUGACAGUGCUGACCCAUCACGCGACCCGACCACAGCCGAACUUCAUUCCGAUGCUGUGAGAUUCCAUGGACUUCUGGAGCCUCCUGCCUCCUCACCUCCCAAGUUCCGUCUCAAAAGGAGCUCGAGCGACGAUGCCAUGAACAUGCUGCCACAAGACACAAUGGCGACGCAAACGAUGCGCUCUCUUCCCCCGGCGUGCUCUUCAUGGACAAUCCCAGGAAGGCCAAGAAUCGCCUGGCACAAAGGCGGCUGCGAGCAGCCCGUGUAUGAGAUCCACCAGACCGGGGCAGAUGUCACCCCAGGCAAUACAUACGAUGUGGUUGACAAUGCACCCGUCCCGCUGAACGGAGUCGAAGCCAACCCCACAGAGCCCUACGAUUAUGCCUUUGAGACAGAGAUCCCGUCAUGGGAGGCACAGCUAUUUGAGGAACUCGUCGAGUCGGGCGUUCUCGACAAUGCCGCAGCCACAGCGACUACUCCAGCCACGUUCUACGCCACAACCUCCUCCCCGCCGCCCACCAGCGACCUUUGUGUAGCAACGAAUCCUGCCGAUGCAACUCAGCCCCGCGCCAGGUCAAAAACCAGACUCUCUCAAAGCCAAGAAGCUCUUCAGGCCUUCCGAGCCAAACUCCUGUCCAUCUGGACCGAACAUACAGGCUGCACAACCCCCACGAAGCACGACAAGCCUCAACCCCUCUUGCAUGCCGCCGCUCGCCUGGGCAACUGCGAGAUGAUGCAGAUGCUACUCGACCACGGUGCCGACAUCAACGCCCGCGACAUUGAAGGCCGCACGCCUUUGCUUGCCGCCGUGGAAGCCUACAAGGGAGAUGCCAUCAUCUUCCUGCUCGAGGCUGGUGUCGAUGUCAACGCCCAUGACGAGCAGGGACGGACCGCCCUGUCGAUGGCUGUCGAGUUUGACUGUGAAAACGCUGUCGACCUAUUUCUCCGUCACGGAGCUGACCCAAAUUUGGCGGGUUCGGAUCUUCUGCGAUCGACGCAUUCUGGUUUUCUCGAAUGGAUAGCCAGUCAUUGA